AUGAUCUACAUCACUAACUUUCAAAACUACUCUCAGUACUUGAAAGAGCAGAAGCUUUUGGACAUACUACUUCAUGCCAUAAGGAUGGAUACUCAAAAUGAUUCUAGCACCACUCAAGUUACAAACGAUUAUUAUGAUCAACAUCUAAUGCUAAAGGAUUUCUUUGAAAGAAAAGUGAUUCGAAAUUCACAAUUCAUCCAAAGCGUAUCGUAUGCCCCUAAAGUGUUCCAUUCUAUUCGAAUGUUUCAAAGUUCAGAUGAAAUGUAUAUCAAUCAGUAUCUCCAACAAUUCAAAAGAUGUGAUUUACGGAUCUCCGAUACACUGUACUUCAUCAAAGACCAUUACAUGCUGAAAGGUAUUCGAGAGAUCAAUUUAGAUCUUUUCUUACAGGCAAAAUUACAUCCUGAACUGUUAGGUGGCCGGCUUAUUGGCUUUUAUGAGAUAAGGGCACCCUGGGGAAAAUUUGAGUUUAUGGCUAUUGAAUGUGAUUGUCAGCCUCACCAAUCUAUGGUUAAUAUGUUCCUGCAGCGCGACUAA